AUGCAGAGAGCGCAGCAGAAGGUAUGCCCAAGACAAAAGCCAGGUGGAGGUUCCACACCUUCAGCAAUUUCUCGAGCCCGUUCCAGUCGAGCUCUCUCAUCACAGUCUUCAAUAGGAAAAUCCUCUGGAUUGAAACGGGCCAUGUCAAUAAGGAAAUCAGCAGCUCCUACCUCCGCUGUAGGAGCUGUUACGAUGAUAACUACUGGAGACAAAAUUUUAGACAAACCUUUACCAAAAAUUGGAGAGAAGUCUCUCUUUACCAAAGAACUAGAAAUUGCUUUGGAACAGAAACAAGUUCAUUUUGUGGUGCAUUCUUUAAAAGAUCUGCCUACAUUGCUUCCUAGUGGAAUGUGCAUUGGUGCUGUUUUGCUACGGGAAGAUCCAAAAGACUCUGUAGUUAUGCAUCCUGAUUUUCAAGAUAAAACCUUGGAAACUCUCCCCAAAGGCAGUGUUAUUGGUACAAGUUCGUUGCGUCGAACUGCGCAACUCCGUCGAGAGUAUCCCUCAUUGAAAGUGGCAGACAUACGUGGUAAUUUGAAUACAAGAUUGCGAAAACUAGAUGAAGGAAGUAAUUAUCAAGCCAUAGUUUUGGCAACGGCUGGUUUGAUGCGAAUGGGUUGGAAACAUCGAAUCACGCAGUGCCGCGAGGACGAUCUGCGCGUGCGCCGCCUGCUGGAGCCGCUGCACGACGCGGCGACGGCGCUGCGCGUGCUGGCGGAGCGCGCCUUCCUGCGCACGCUGGGCGGCGGCUGCUCGGCGCCCGUGGCCGUGCGCUCGGCGCUGCGCGGCCGCGACCUGGCGCUCACCGGCGCCGUCUGGUCGCUGGACGGCGCGCGCACGCUGCGCGACCACAAGGCCGCCACGCUGCACUUCAGCGCCGACGGCGACGCCGAGCCCGUGGGGAAAAAUCCAUAUCGCACACCAAGGCUUUUCGUGAGUAUGUCUCCUGCUUCACUUACGUACAAAGAUCUGGAUAAAGCAGAGAAACUUGGAGAUGAUUUGGCAAUGAGUCUAAUUGAGGCAGGAGCUUUGGAAAUCAUGAGUGAGGCUAAGAAAACUAUUGCAAGUUCUGCACCUACAGAUCCUCCCCAAACUGAUGUUGCUCCAGUUGCUACCGCUACAACUGUUUAGUAUUAUGUCAGUGGUUAUUCGUUCAUCUUUUCUUCAGUAUUGUGGUUCUGCAAAACCAAGUAAUCCUUAAAGAAAUCGAAGAACAAACAACGAAAUUGUAGUUUAAUUUUAUUUUUAUGUUUUUAUUUCUUAAUUGGGUUAGUUUCAAGGAAAAGUUUCUGAGCUUAGCCAGUGUAUUUUGUGAAUGCAGUACAUAGAUUUCUUUUUUCAUGUUACAAUCUUCAGUUGACUACUUUUUAAUUAUGAAUAUAAACUAGAUUUUACAAUAUUGUUCCCAUUUAAAACAAUAUUUCUCUUUACAAAAUAUAUUUUUAAGUGAGGUUUUUCUGUUUUUUGCCUUAUAAUUACAAAUGUGAAAUUUUUCAAAUUGCAUUUUUCAAUUAUUUUUUUAAAUAAUAAAGGUAAUAUUUGCAUUUGUCCCAUCAAUUUGUAGGUUCUCUUGUGACCUUUGAAUUUAAAUGUGUAGUGGUUUACUUCAACUUGCGAAUGCAAGGCAAUUACCUGUUUUGAACAAAUAUUGAGGAACAAAUAAGAAAGAAAACUGCAUUAAAACUUGGCUGCAUAAUAUGUAAUACAAGUAUUAAAAGCUUUACAUUGAACAAAUUUCUUCAUUGUUAAUGAGAACAAUUUUUUUUUUAUUUAAUGAGGCAGCUUUUUGAAGGGAGACAAUUGUGUACACUCUUUUAAGUGACAUUAUUUGAAAUAGAAAAUAUUAUUUCUAUCUUAAUUUUUUCCUCCCUCCCAAUUGACUCCUCAUUUUUUAUGGCUAUUGGUAACUUUACUGCUUUCUUUCCUGCUAUUCAUUAUUUUCAAUUUUUUCAAUUUAUCUGCUUUAAUUCGUAUUUUUAAUCUUAUCUUUAAUCUUUUUCUUACAAUAUUCUUUAUAUUUUUCUUCUUUUUCUUUGACUUUAUUUCUCUCUAUCUGAACUAUUCAUUUUAAAAUAGUCAUUGCAUGGAAUCAGUAAUGCCCAGUAUUUAUAUAUAUUUUUAAUAAUUUUUGGUACAAAGAGAAAUUGAUCGUCUGAGUGUUAAUAUGACUACAUGAGUCGAUUGCUUCCAUGACAACUUUUGUACAAACAUACAAUUGAAAUAAGAUUCUCUUAUAACUUCUGGAUUUCAUCCAAAAAUCAGAAAGAGAAUCUUUUCAUUACUGGAGUAUUCUGAUUAAUAUUAAGCCAAAAAAAUCUGUGUAAAGUUUCCUAAAGAAGAAAGUAGUUGGUGUAGGUGUUAUUAAGGUUCUUUAGAUCAUAUUUUUUACUAUUCUUUAUUUACUUGUUUUGUGGUAUUGGAAUAAUUUUAUAAAUAGAAAAAAUUGUGAAUUAAUUUGGUCUUUCAACAUUAUUUAAGAAAAUAGGGGCUAAUAGGGUUUAUAUGAUAUAUUUUUUUGUUUGUGAGAUGACGGGUGGAAUUCAUAUUUUAAUCUGUAUUUUGUGGGAUAAACGAACGAAUCAAAGCAUUUUUCAAACCAUUUAUGAAUUGUUGAAAGUGUAUUGAGGAGUCUGAAAUUUAGGCACCAAACUUUUAUUUCUCCUCAUAGGUUGCAAUUUCCAUACACUUCUUAAUUUUUGACAUACAAGAAAUUUAAAAUGACAACCACAUGUCAUACAGUAUUUAAUAUUAUGCGUUAUGACUUAGGCAUCUAAAUUUUCAGUUUUUGUGUUGUAAUUCAGUUUCCUGAUGUAUGCAUAUUUGGAAUGGUAUGCUGAAUUGUCAGCAAACUCAGUGCUCAAUGAAGAAGACUUCAAUUAAUUUCCUGUAUUAAGGCUAAGAAACUGUGAAAUAAGAAUAGAAAGUUGUGAGAUUUGUAAAUUUACGAGGAGUAAGCCUAUUUCAGAGAUUUUACAAAAUAUUUUUGUGGGGAAGGUGUCUGAAUGGGCAUUAAUAUAUACAUGGUUACCACAGCGAUUGAAUUAAAAAUUAUUUGGUUGCCUGAGUUGAGAAUAGAAUUGAUGUACAUAUUUAUAUUUUAUUGUAGUAAGAUAUUUGUAUAAAUUUUGCACAAGAAAAUGAGGUUGUGUAUUUUAUUGUAGAUUUGUAUAGUGUCUCUUGUUAAGUUUUGUACAUGUUGGUCAUCCUUUAAACAUGUUAAUUUGUAAAUAUUCUUAAUGAAUCUGUUACAGAAUGCAUAUUUGCAAUAAAAUGUGCAUAUUUUGAUCCUCA